CUUUAGAUUCAAUUGAAUUUCAUUCAGAUGAUAUAGAAAUUGAUAUUUGUUAUGAUGAAACUUUAGUAACUUCUAUCAUUUCUUGUCAUUUAAACCAACCAUCUCAAAUUAUAAAUGUUCAUCCAAAAAUCAGACCAUUG